GCACCAUUUCUGCCCGAGCACCCUUGGUGUAGGCGGCGCUGAGGGGCCCGGGGUUCCUCGGAGGGCGCGGACCGGGGGGUGGUGUGGUACCUGUUGCUUGAAUGCAGGACCAUGCCCGAUACGGGCGUGUUCCGAGCGGCUGGGAKAAGACCGUGAGGUGGGACUGAGACCCAUGGCCUGCCCUGCUAGGAGAAGUUGCUGAACCAGRCGAGUUCCAGGCUUGCCUUAAGGAUGUCAACAGACAAGAGUCACCUGCCAGACAGUAUCCAAGAAGAAGACUCUGCCACUAAUUCAAGCAAUAAUUGCCUGCAUAAUGAUGAGGRAUUGGGAACUGAACGGCAGAAUGGCAUUUGUGACAGUGGUGUGGCUAAUAGUAUYGGAACUCCCAACUCUGACAGCCAGGCUUCCACUUCCAUGGCUGUUCCUUUGGAGGUACCCAGAAGAGGACAUCCCCUUUUACAGAUCRACAGGCAGCAGAUUCAGUCUGUCUCAUGUAGUGCACAUGCUGCUGAGCUCAAAGACUUAGGAGUUGAUGUCUAUGACCAGGACGUGUUGGAGCAAGGAGUUCUUCAGCAAGUGGAUAAUGCAAUUAAUGAAGCAACCAAAGCAGCAAAAAUAGCUAAUGCAUCAAAAGAAUAUGAGUCAGUACUGGAGGACUUAAGAUCAUGUACAACAUCUCUGAGACAUAUAAAUAAAAUUAUUGAGGAACUUUCACCUCAAGCUGCUGACAACAAAAAUAUUAGCAGAAAACUAGAUUCUGUAAAACGGCAAAAAUAUAACAAGGAGCAACAGCUAAAGAAGAUAAAAGCAAAACAAAAGCGUCUCCAAGGAAUACUUGGAUUAACAGAGUCUGCUGAUGAAGCAAAUGAUCUUGAAUAUGAGGAAGAUGAAGAACCUGGUCCAUCAUCUCUUGGCAGUAUGCUUAUGCCUGCUCAGGAAACAGAGUGGGCAGAGCUCAUUCGUACUGGUCAGAUGACUCCAUUUGGAACUAAAAUACCUCAGAAGCCAGAGAGGAAGGCACGACAGUUAAGACUAACUGAAGCAUCUGAUUUUGAGAAGUACUUAGCAGACCAAGCUAAGCUGUCAUCUGAAAGAAGAAAGUUAUCCCGUCGCAAAGGAGCAAAGAAGAAGGCACAAGCCAAAAUCGUUCAGUGCGAGGCUCCCACAGCUGCUGCAAAGGAAAAAAGUGGUAAAGCCCUCUCAAAAACAGAUAAGCGUUUAAAGAAACACUUGAGAGAGCUUCAGAAGCAUGCCCUCCACAUUCAUUCAAAGGCCAGGAUCCCAAAGGAAAAGAAGUAUCCUGAGGCCAAGAAGUUCAGGCAUGAACAAGAGGAUGAGAGYGGGGAGUCUGAGUAUGUACCUGAUGAGGAACUCUUUGAUCCAGAAGCAGCAGAAGAGGAAGAAGAACAGCCGUCUUCUCUUGCUGAGAAUGAUUCUGAUUAUGAACUUAAGAAUUUAUCCAAAAAAAGAAAACGUUUGGUGAAGAAGGAUUUUAAAGAAGAUGAAAAUGAUACUGACUUCAUUCCAAGCUCUGAGGAAGAAGAAGAUACAGUGGGGAAGCACAAAGUGAGAAGAUGGAGAGAUGAUGGAGAUGUGGACUAUUAUAAACAGAGACUAAGGAAGUGGCAAAGAGAACGUUUGAAGAACAAAGAACAUCAAGCAGCUGAGGAACUUUCUGAAGAAAGCGAUGUUGAAUUUGAAGAGGGUUUCAAAGUACCAGGAUUUCUCUUCAAAAAGCUUUUUAAGUACCAGCAGACAGGUGUUAGGUGGCUUUGGGAAUUGCACUGCCAGCAGGCAGGAGGAAUUCUGGGAGAUGAGAUGGGAUUGGGCAAGACCAUUCAGAUAAUUGCCUUCUUGGCAGGUCUGAGCUACAGCAAUAUGAGGACUCGUGGUUCAAAUUACAGGUACCAGGGGUUGGGUCCAACAGUGAUUGUUUGUCCAGCUACUGUGUUGCAUCAAUGGGUAAAAGAAUUCCACACUUGGUGGCCUCCAUUCAGAGUCGCUGUGCUACAUGAAACUGGUUCUUAUACCAAGAGUAAGGUGAAACUAAUUCAUGAAAUUGCUUCAUGCCAUGGAAUUUUAGUUACCUCUUACUCGUACAUUCGACUGAUGCAGGACAACAUCCACACGUAUGAUUGGCAUUAUGUCAUUCUGGAUGAGGGUCACAAAAUCCGAAAUCCAAAUGCUGCAGUCACACUUGCAUGCAAGCAGUUCCGCACACCCCAUCGAAUCAUCUUGUCUGGCUCCCCUAUGCAAAAUAAUCUAAAGGAGCUCUGGUCCCUCUUUGACUUUAUAUUCCCAGGAAAGUUGGGAACACUACCUGUCUUCAUGGAGCAGUUUUCUGUCCCAAUAACCAUGGGAGGAUAUUGCAAUGCCUCUCCUGUCCAGGUAAAAACUGCAUACAAAUGUGCCUGUGUGUUACGGGACACCAUAAACCCCUACUUGCUGCGAAGAAUGAAGGCUGAUGUAAAAAUGAGCCUUUCACUGCCWGACAAAAAUGAACAGGUCCUCUUUUGCCGCUUGACAGAGGAGCAGCGUCAAAUCUAUCAAAACUACAUCAACUCUAAAGAAGUUUACCAGAUUCUCAAUGGAGACAUGCAGAUUCUCUUAGGACUGUCAACUUUGAGAAAGAUUUGCAACCACCCUGACUUCGUUGCUGAAAGUCCCAGAAUUUUGAAGAGUGUGCCAGAUGAUGAAGCAGAGGAUCCAAAUCAGUUUGGAUAUUGGAAACGUUCUGGAAAAAUGAUAGUGGUAGAAUCCCUGCUAAAAAUAUGGCACAAGCAAGGUCACAGAGUGUUGUUUUUCACUCAGUCAAGACAGAUGAUGCAGAUACUUGAAGUCUUCGUGAGAUACAGAAACUAUUCCUAUCUCAGGAUGGAUGGCACCACAGCAGUAGCUUCCAGACAGCCUCUUGUAACAAAAUACAAUGAGGACAAAUCCAUAUUUCUUUUUCUUCUAACAACACGUGUUGGUGGCAUUGGAGUUAACUUGGUUGGUGCUGACCGGGUUAUUAUUUAUGAUCCUGACUGGAAUCCCAGUGUAGACACACAGGCUCGGGAGCGUGCUUGGAGAAUAGGCCAAAAGAAAGAGGUGACUGUGUACAGGCUUCUCACUGCAGGGACUAUUGAGGAGAAGAUAUACCACAGACAAAUCUUCAAACAAUUUUUAACAAACAGAGUGCUGAAAGACCCUAAGCAGAAUCGCUUCUUCAAAUCCAAUGACCUUUAUGAACUAUUUACUCUGAACAGCCCAGAUGUGUCUCAGGGGACAGAAACAAGUGCAAUUUUUGCAGGUACUGGUUCAGAUGUUCAGGUCCCAAAGCCACCUGAUAAUGGCACUUCUAAACGUGACCUCCAUCUUGCAGAAAGCAGCUCACAYAAGAAGAAUAAGUCCUUCAAUUCCUACUCCACCACAGACAUAAAAGAUUCUUCUUCUAAAGCAAUAGACACAAGUGAAGAAACCAAAGGAAAUUCUGAAGCCUUUGAACAAAACAGCUAUGCAAAAGAUAAUGCACAAGCUGCUACUGAUACAAAUCCAUUCCAUAAAAGCAAGGCAGAAUGCUUGGAAAGUGAUGACAAAUGCAUGUCCCAGUCRAUGCCAUGCAGUGCAGGGGCUUCAGAGAAUGCCAGAUGUCUGACUGCGGUGGUGGCUGGUGAAGGACAUGGAGCAGCUAAUGCAGAUGCAAGGACUGAUCUUAGCCUUACCUGUGAUGCAGCUGGCUCUUGGGAAAAGCAGGGUGCUAAAACUGAAGAUGGGCAAUUUGAUAAUAAUCAUUAUAAGUGUAUCUCAAAAACAAAGCACAGGGGGGAUAUGCUGUCACAUGAGAGCCACAAAGACAAGUCUAAGAAGAAACAUCACAAAGAUGCCAAAUUUGAAGGAAAGCGCAUUCCUCAUCUAGUGAAACAAAAGCAAUACAGAAAGGACAACGGUGAAGAGGAGCAAGACUCAAAGAAAAAUGAUGACUAUGUCUUGCAGAAACUAUUCAAAAAAUCAGGGGUACACAGUGUUAUGAAGCAUGAUGCCAUUAUGGAUGCUUCCAAUGCAGAUCAUGUGCUGGAGGAAGCAGAAGCAAGCAGAGUGGCCCAGGAUGCCUUGAGAGCCUUAAGACUCUCUCGUCAGCAGUGUUUAGGAGCUGCUUCUGGUGUGCCAACCUGGACAGGCAYGAGUGGUCUUUCAGGUGCACCAUCAGGAAUAAAGAGUCGGUUUGGCCAAAAAAGAAACUCCAUGCUGCUUUCUUCACUUUCCACUUCUGCAUCACCAGCAAAGAAGCACAAGGAUGCAGAUACGAUAAAGAAACAAAAUGUAAAGAAGUGUAGUUCCAGUGAGCACUUCAAUGGAAAAUCUGGAGAAUCAUCAUCCAGUGCUCUGGACUCKUCAUCUUUAUUAGCUCGUAUGAGGGCAAGAAACCACCUUGUUUUACCACAAGCRACAAGGAAUGAAGGUGAUGAGAAUCAUCAGCCAGCACCUGUCCCAGUCCAGGGUUCCACAGAAUACGAUGAACUGCUGGUGGAUCUGCGGAACUUCCUGGCGUUCCAGGCACGUGUGGACGGCGAGGCCAGCACUCAGGAGCUGCUGCAGGAGUUUGAGUCCAAACUGCCUGCAGAGCACUCCUGUGUCUUCAGAGAACUGCUCCGCAACAUCUGCACCUUCCACAGGAGUCCCAGCGGGGAAGGAGUCUGGAGGCUAAAGUCAGAAUUCCGAUGACCUUUCAUCAGUGAAGGCACUUCUCUUUCCACUUGACCACCAUUUUCCUCUCAAACGAGGAACACUGCUUGACUUAUUUUGAAGUGUUUUGUAUUCCUGAAUUAAUUAAUGCCUUGAACAGUCAGUGGUGCAGGACUUGUUGCAGACUUAAAGCUAACUUAAUUUCUCAUUUACACUAUUUAUMUAAAAGUGCCAUCUACCUCAUAGAUGAAACAAUACAAAAUAUCAGCACCUUUUCUUCAAAAGAAAUCUUAAUAUAAAUGGGAUGRAGCAUGUAUACUGACCCUUUAUUACAAUAAGAACCAUGGAUGUUGCCAUGGGUUGUAAGAUUUUGAUUUCUGUGAAAUUUCAGAAAACUAUUUCCUUGAUUUCCAGUUUGUUACUUGAAUGGUCAUAGGGCACACAGUGUGCCAUCAAAAAAAAAAAUGGAGGGGGGAGAUGACAGUAGUCACCAUGAAAGAUUCACUUGUGUUGACAAGUGCAUCAGAAUCAUGUAAUGAAACUUUUAUCAGKGGUGAGAAUUUUGUUUUAAUGUUUAAAUAACUUGGGAAAUAAUCUACUGCCAUGGAGGUUUAAUCACAAAAAAUGGAAAGCACGGCAGGAUAUUGAGUUAAGUGACAAUUGAUAAUUAUGGAAAACUUACUAAAUUCCAGAACACCCAAUAGCAGUAUAAUCAGCAAUCCAGUUACAGUCCCGUACACCACUGGCAGGUGCUUGCUGCAGUAUUUCUUAACACUGAGGUGACAGUAACUGUUUUUCACAGGUUGUGGACUUGAAAUCUCAUUAAAUGUUGAUGUAUUUCACUGUUAUUUAUGUCCAAAACUUUCCAGUUACCUCCUAGCACUUAAAAUUUUAUACCUUGAYAUAGACUGGAGUGUUAGCUGGUCAGAGCGGGAAGGGUGUCACUGUAUUUUACUAACCAUAACCACUUUUGGGCAUAGUUGGAGCAUACAUAGAAGUUACACAUCAUACAUCAUCUAUAGAUAGGGAAAAAUUAAAACUUGACAGUUGAGUAAGUUCUAAUACCAGUUAUUUGUAGCAAAUCCAAGUAUGACAUGGGGUCUGUCUUCAAGGUACUUGUGUUCUACACUAGAAAAUUUUAAGAUGGAAAAUGUGGACAGAUUUUGAGAAGAAAACCACAUUGUUGCAGCAACAUCAAAUUAUGGUAUGUCUUAAACUAGGGGUAGUUAAAUGUGCCCACUGUCCUUUCUAUCCUUAAGCUGUGGAAAGCUGAGCUACUUUUAGCUUUUUUGUUCACUGUGAAAUUAUCUUUUAAGUGGAAGGACAAAUAUUGAAAGACAAAUGGUGAAGCAAGAAUACAAACUUGCUUCUUUUGGUAAAAAAAAAAAAAAACCUUUAAGAGACUGCCAAUGGUUUUUCCUCUUGUUUUUACUCAGUGAUAAGGAGCUGUGGAGAUUUGCAAGAAGUGGUGCUUCACUGUAUCAAUAACUGGUCAGUUGGCUUUUCAGAAACUGGAAUUGGACAGGGCAGACAAUCCAAGAAUGUUUCAUUUUCCUAAAAGCAUUUUUAAGAUGGGACUUCCCCUAACAUCUCUUUUUCUGAUCCCAGUUAUAUUCAUUUACAUUCCUUCUUUCAAGAGAAAGAUUAAACAAGGAACUUGGGCUACAAUUGCUGUUGACAUGACUUGAAAUGGAUCAGAAAAAGAGUAAAAACAAGCCAAUUUUGCUGUCUUCUUCAAAGCUACAGGGAAUUUGACUUGGUUUGGGUGUCAUGUCCUCAUGCAUCUCUAUUUAUCCUAGGAACAAACCAGGAAUUCAGCAGUGAGCAGAGCUGCUGUUUCAACUUACGAGUUAGUUUUGGUGUCCUGUUUUAUUUCUGCUCCUAGUUUUAAAGACAUGGUUCCUGUAUACUAAGGAGAGUUUGCAGCUUCUCGAUCUGUUAAUGUAAAUAGAUUUGCAUGUACUUUUUAUAAAUCCUUGGCUUUUAUGGACUUAUUAAAAAAAGGAAAACAGAAGUGUGUUCUAGAAGUCAUUGGGCACUGGGGAGAGUGGGCAGGGAGGCAUCUUCUCCGAUAUGCUGUGCACUGACCAAAUGAUUCCUCUUUAAUUAUAUUUCCAUUUUUCAUACCAUUUCAAAUUAUGCAUCCUAACAGCUAGCUUUCUUCCAGUACUCGUGUUUGUUGAAAAUGUUUAAAGACUUAAUUAGUAUUAAUAAGAUACUCAAAAAAUAUUUGUAAGUAGUUGAUCUCAAAAGUAUAUGUGAUUAAAGGUUUACAGGCUAAUUUAAAGGUAAAAGUUUUAAAAUAUAAUAUAGCUGCUAUACCUUUUAAUGUAGAAGAGUUAUUUCAGAAUAAUUCUACUUUUAUUCCAUAAAGCAUUUUCUGAUUUUGGUUUGUUUAGCUUUAUGUGUGUAAAGUGAAUUCCUUUCACAUCUUCAUAGACUCUGAAGCAAUUGCUGACUACCAAUAUUGCAUAGUCAAACAAAUCCUGUAUUUUAGCUGUCUCAGUUUCCAGGUACUCAAUGCUGUAGCUGAUAGUUGCUACUUUAUUUGUGCAUGAUUCCAAAAAUCAUUCAUGUGGAACGCUUAUGUUCUCAUACUUUGUUUUCUUACCUCAGUAAAAAGGGGAUAAAGAAAAAUCAAAAUACAGAUGUUAAUUUAGGAAUCAAGCUGGGAAAAAAACACURAAUCCUACUAAGGAAAGACAUGUCAGCAUGGAACAGUGAUUAUAAACUUUACAUUUUAAAAAGCAUACCACAGGGAACUAUUGAAAAUUUCUUUCCUGUAAAGAUGCUGAAAGCUGAGCACCAUGCUACUGUGGGAUGUGACCACACAGCUGAGCAGACAUAUGCAGUUGAAUAAAAAUCUAGAAAGGUAAAUAGCAGAAACUUKGAUUGUUCUGUAAGCAGUUGUGGGAACAAUGUACACUGUGGGUAAAAUGUGCUGCAUUGAUACUUUMACAGUAGAAGUUAAAACAUCAUCAUAGUUCCUUCUGGUUUACAAACCAUAUUUGUAAAACCCUAUUAUUAGGAUGUUUUCCCUUGACCCCCCCCAUCCCAUACUCCUUUUAUAGUAUUAUCUUUAUAUUCUUUUAUAUUAUUCCUUUUAUAUUAUCAUAUCYAUUACUCUCGUGUUCACCCAUUUGCUGAAGAUUUAUAGCCAAUAAAYAUAUCUCUGGUACAGAACUAAAUUCUGAUAUAGAGAAAAAAAAAAUCAGCUGAAGUAUUUUUGACUUUCCUGAACUAUGAUGACCCACCACAAAAGGAAUGUAAGAAGCUGAAUGGAUAGAUUGAUUAGAAAUGGUGAUUUUAAAUGGUGUUUUCAAAUGCCUAGCUUCUGUCUAUGGCUCAGCCUCUUCUCAAAGAGCUGCAAUGUGGAGAAUUGAGUCUAUGGCACAUAAUAAAUGUCAUCCUCCCAAGUAAAGCUUUAAAGUAGUGGGUUUUUACAUCUGAAAGUUUUGGCUUUGGGCAACAGUCAUCUAUAGGCAGUUGUACUCAAGUCUUAAGAUCAACUUUGCUUUUGAUUCCAAGAUUGCUAAAGUUGGCUAAAUUUUACUAUCUUSUACUAAUGCAAUUCUCUGCCAGAAGGGACGAACUUGAUUAUUUUCUUUUUCUC